AUGUCUAGGAAAUGGAAAGUUGUUUUCAACCAAUCGGCCCCACGAAAAUCGGUUUUACAUGACUACGAGACAUAUAUCCAAAAUCAUGGGGGCACUGUGAUAAAGAGUUUUGCCCCGGAAAACUCGAACUUAAGCAUCGACGCGGUCCUGCCCGAUUCUCUUAAGGAAGGUUUGGAGAAUGACGGUUUCGUUGACCACAUUAUCGCCGUGUGA